AUGAAGGAGUUCGCAGCGGGUCGGAACGUUACUCUAGUACUUGACAACGCUCCGUAUCAUACUAGAGUGCUAGAGAAGGUUCCGACUAGGAGCUCCAGGGUGGAGGAAAUAUGGAACUAUCUUAGUUCGCACGGCGUCGAAGUGGCAGUGGAUAGUACGAAAGAAGCUCUUUUAGAAGAGCUCGACCACUUCGUCGCUAGUCGAGGCGGCGCAGCAGCCUUGCGCUGUUACGCCGCUGAAAAGAUCUGCGAGGAAAUGGGAGUGAGCCUACUGAGGCUCCCUCCAUUCCAUUGCUUCUUCAACCCUGUUGAGCUUUGCUGGAGUCAUCUUAAACAGCGCCUCAACAAGAUAGGACGUCCCACGGAUAGGCUGGAAAUAGUAACGUUUUCCAGAUAUUCUUCGUCUCUGGGUAUUCAACCAACAUUGUUUCUUUCUUUAGGUCAAAAGUAG